CGGAAGAAGCUGGGCCUGGUGUCCCCAGAGAGAGACAGGUAAGUGAACCUGUUUGGUGAUCUUGAUGGAUAAACUACAUUCUAUUUUUGAAGUGGGGAUGAUAAACUUCUCUGAUGAAGGUAAUAAAGGUGAAGGCUCUGCGAACACUUUUAAGACAAGUGUGCUGACUCUGCCCGGGGUUUCUCCUUGCUUUGGCAGAAAAUCAGUGGGCUUUUCCAGCAGUUCUGAGGAGGAUGACGAUGAGGACAACUGUGAACCACCUACUAUGUCCUUUGAGGAGUACCUCACUUAUGACCAGCCCCAGAAAAAGAAGCAAGCGGUCAAACCCUCUGUGUCACCUGGGCAGAAAGACCACUGGCACAGCACCUGUUUGCCGUGCCAAGACGGCCUCGACAGCGCCUGCUUGAGUGCGAAAAGCCCAAGCCUCAAGCGCACAAAUGAGAAAAGGGCAGAGAAGGAACCACCAGAGGCUCCUGAACCAAAGAGGAUACUGUUAGAUGUGGACAUAAAGUUGCCCGACAUCCCGCUGCCGCCGAUCCAGGCCAGCUGCAGCCCUCCUCCUCCAGUUGAGUCCGCUCCCCGUUCACAGAGAAAAAGGAAAGCACCGGCCUUGACACCUGAAGAGAGCGAAGAGGGGCUCUCAUGCUACCGGCAGAAUUCAAAGACGCUAGUGCGUCCAGGCCCUAAAACCGCCCCGGUCCCACGGACGGUGCCUCCUCCUCAGCAAAGUACCCGACUCCUCACUAACAGCAUUGACUCCAUCUGUGAAGUUAGUGGUGUCCCUUUCUCAGAGCUGGAGCCAGUAUUGGAGAGAUGCACCCCAGAGCAGCUCCAUCGCAUUGAGGAACCGCCACUGGCACUAGCUGUUGUUGAGGGAGAGGGGGGCGAUGGUCUCAGGGGGGAUCCCAGAUUACAUCUGCAUUUGUUUCAGGCCCUCAUUGAGUCUACGGAUCGACUGUGGCACAUCCACUGUCUCCGAGACUUCAAGAACGAGAAGCCAGAAGCGUUUGAAUCCUGGCGGGAGAUGUACCUUCGCCUGCACGAGGCACGAGAGCAGCGGCUGCUCAUGUUAUCCCGGAAGAUUGGCUCAGCUCAUAGCAACAAAGGUCAAGCAGCCAAAACUGUGUUUCUGGCCUCUCCACCAAAGGCCCCUUGGGACGUGCGAAGGAGACAAAAGAAGUUUGGAACUGGGGGACCUCUUGUGCCAGAGAAGACCAAAAUAAAAGCAGUCUUGUGCGCCGCGAGCAAAAGCCACGCUCGUGGGAGUGAGGAGAAGUUCUAUGAUGGGCCCAGCACCAGCAGUGCCCACUCUGUCCCACCUUCAGCAACCACCUUCUCCUCCUGUGACCCCAGGAAACCACCAGUGAAAAGUAAGUACAAACCACAGAACAUCCCUUCGGCUCCUAGAGCUCCUCCUUUGCAAACACCUGAAGCUGCUGUUUCUGUUGCUAAAGGCUCUUCAAAGUCCUUGCACAAGAAAAAGCACAGGCAAACGUGCGAUUCAGCUGCCUGCUCGGUGCCGACUGUCUCAGCCUGUCCUAAUGGUACAGGUCAAGCAGCCAAAACUGUGUUUCUGGCCUCUCCACCAAAGGCCCCUCAGAACAAAGAAAGGAGACAAGAGAGGUCUGGGACUGGACGAGCUCUUCUGCCAGAGAAGACCAACAAAAGCCACGCUCCUGGGAGUGGGGGCGAGUCCCACGAUGGGCCCAGCACCAGCACUCCCCACUCUGUCCCAUCUUUGGGCAGGACCAUGUUCUCCUCCUGGUUUCCUGAGCCCAAGAAACCACCAGCCAAGAAAAUUGCACCCAUGAUGGCCAAGGCUGUCAAAGAUUUCAAAACCAGGUUCUCUCGCAGAGAAGAUACAAACUCUGCUGCGGGACUGAAGGAAGAAACAGGGCCAAUGAAGGAGAUCGCUGUUGGGAAGACUGUGACCGGCUCACGGAAACUCGAGCUUGUCGCAGACUUUGCCAGGAAGUUCUUAGCCGGGCGGAAGAAGCUGGGCCUGGUGUCCCCAGAGAGAGACAGGUAA